UGAGACUUAUUAAUGAAGUUGGUCAUUGAUCCAUCGUAGUCAGUCAUAUCUCAGUUUAGGAGCAACGUGUCUCAUUGAAGCUUUCGUGAGUGUCCUUGUCUCUUUGCCAUUCUUUUCAGUGUCCAUUUUUGUUCAUGCUUUGUUUCAUUCAUAUAUUAAUUAAGAUCAGGCUAUUAAUAAUGGAAAAGAAAACAAGAAGAAAAUAAAAUGUCUAAUGCUUAAUUCCGAUGGUCCAUAGGCAUCGGUACUAAAUUAGUUCCGAUGGACCGUCAUAUUUAAUUGAGGGCCACCAUAUCUCAAUCUCAAAUGCGUAAAUGCAGAAAAUAUUAAUGGUAGGGGAGUUCAUCUACAAAAUACAAGGAGAAAGUUACGAGGACAUAAAAUUAAAGGGAAAAGUUGUACCAAACGUCAAGUUACAAGGCUUGAGCAACAAAAAAAGAGAGAUAGAAAGCUGCCAUUAAUUAGUAAAGGUAUUAUGAGAUGAUUGGCUUUCAAGAGUCUUACUUGAUUCAAUUCAAUCCCUAUCUUUGGUGGUGGUAGUGCCAAUGGUUUUGAAAAGAUAUCCCCCUUUUCGAGCUUGCUUAGCUAAGGAGGAAAUGACCCCUUCAAGCCAAACAAUAAAACUACAAUCAACAACAAUUUUCUAAUUCACACCCAAAACACUAGUUAACAAAUAAAAAUAAAUUUAGGAAAUACUAACGCCUACCCUAAGAACAUAAGUUAAGGUUUCAAAAAUAGAAAUUAUGCAUCGUAAGUUGAGUGUAAAAUAGAAAGUAAUUUUUUAAAAAUCGCAAAUUGAAUGUUUAAAAUAGGAAGUUGAGUGCAUAUUCAAGUUGGUACAAAAUUGAAUUUUUUAAAAUGAACAUUAAGUAGUUAUGUACUAGAGGUAUAAAAUAAAAUUUUUUAAAAUGAACAUCCCGUAGUUAUCUACCAAGUGUACAAAAUGAAAUUUUUAAAAAUAAGCAUCCGAUAGUUAUGUAUAGAAUGUGUUAUUAAAAGCAAUUACGUAAUUUUAGGGGGUCUAUAGAGUUAUGAGGGGGGCCUAAAAAGAAAUCUUCUGAAUCCUUUCACUUGAGGCCCAUUUCAAAUCCUUCCAUGGGCUUGAUCUUAGAUGAACAUACUUGGAGAAAAAUUGGUUUUUGAACGUCCAUUAUUUUCUAAAAAUACAUGGAAAUGACUAAAAACAUUUCAGCGGUAGUUAACUACCACUAAUUUAUAACUAGAAAACCGGCUAUAAUUAAUUACCACUGAGUUUUUGGUCAUUUCCAUGUAGGAAACAAUGAAUGUAAAAAAAAAACAAACUUCUACUUGGAGUUCAGGUUACCAUAUUUCUGCUAGAAGAAUAGCUAGGCAUGCAUUGUUGUUUAUGUAUAAAAUAACAAUAAAUCAGUAAAUGCUUAGUGGUUUAUUAAUUCAAAUAUGAAUAUCAACACACCGACUUAGCAAGGGAAGAUCCAUUGAAUUUCACUACCCAAUGAUCGUGUUAAAGCUUCAAAGCCAGGAAAUCGACAAGUAAAAGAGUUGAUAACUUCUUCCAUGCAAGUUUGGUAUUUACUUUUUAUACAAUAAUAUUCACUCACUAUUUUUAUUUUAUCAUUCUUAGACAAAUUCUUUGAACAAGUUAACAAAAACACUCUUACAAAACACACAUUUCUUUGUUCUAUUUUCACUUUUUUCCUAAACAAGUAUAAGAAAAAGCGUAAAACAAAUGUAUUAAAAUCAUUUUAUAUACUUUUGAACAUUAAUACAAUAGCCAAAACAAUAACCAAGAUUCUCUUAUGUAACCUAAUUGGAGUCCUAGGUAACAAAAUAUAUAAAAAGAAAUUAGCAUAUGCAAGGGACAAAUGCUUUAAAGGUAGGAAAAGAAGAUACCAAAACCUUCCCACCAAUUAGAGAUAAAGAACCCAUAUUUCUUUCUCCAUUUACCAAAUCUCCUCCCUCUCAAGUACUCUCACCCCCUCAACAUAAUAAAACUCACAUAUUACCCCACAUGGGUUGGUUUUAAUUUCUGUCACAUCAUUAAUCUCCAUGCCUUCCCCCCAUAACAUUAAUCAAGACCAUGAGGCUCAUCAUCUUGAUCGUCCUCAACCUCAACCUCAACCUACUCAUCAACUUCGUCAUAGAACACCCAAAAAAAGACUAGUAACACAUCAAAAUGGUAACACCAACAUCUUUAUUUGGCUAUUGGCAAUUCUAUGCACAAUAAUAGCCAUAGGAGUUGUAAUUGGAGGUGUAGUAGUCUUUAUUGGUUACAUAGUAAUUCAUCCAAGAGUCCCUACAAUAAGCAUAGCAAAUGCUCAUUUAGAUCUUUUCAGAAAUGACUAUGCUGGCCUUCUUCAAACACAAGUAAACAUCCGUGUCAUGGCGAAAAAUGGUAAUUUUAAGGCACAUGCAACAUUUUCUAAUAUAAAACUGAAACUUAGCUAUGAAGGACAAGGUAUAGCUUUUAUGGUUGCUGACCCUUUUGAUGUUCCUAAGAAUAGUUCUAGGUAUUUGGAUUAUGUUGUUCAAUCUUCUUCUAUUCCUUUGACUCCUGAUCAGAUUGAGGAUGUUGAUGAUACAUGGAAGAGAAAUAUUGUUGGGUUUGAUUUGAAGGGUGAUGCUAGAACUCAAUGGAGAAUUGGACCGUUUGGUUCUUUUAAAUUCGGGUGUAAACUUGAGUGUCAACUUAAAUUUCAUCCUCUUAAUGGUAGUUAUAUUCCUUCACGUUGCACUUCUCAAUCCAAAUGAUUCUUUCUUUGUUUCCAUUUUGUUUUGACUAUGUUAUUGUUAUGUAUAAACAAAAUUGGACAUAGUCUCAUUCUCAUUC